UAUGACUUGUGAUCGUUAUAGGUUUAGUCAUUUAUUUCCUAAAUGUUCCAAAGCCACUAUUACCACGGCUAAUGAUGUAUCAUCUUCGGUUAUUAGAGUUGGUACAAUUCCAUUAUCUUCCACGUUAGAAAUUGAAGAUCUCUUAAUUGUGUCAUCGUUAAAUUGUAAUAUUCUCUCUAUGAAUCAAUUAGUCAAAUCUCAUAAUUGUGUUGCUCUAUUUUUUCCUACUCACUGUGUCUUUCAGAACAUCCAUACUCGGGAGAAGAUUGACAGUGGUAGACAAAUGGGAGGAUUGUACUAUCUUGAAGAUGGAUUCCAACAUUAAGAUAAAAAGGAGCAAGCUCUUGUGAUAAAUGAAGAUUCAGUGAAUAAGAAAAAUGAGGAAAUUUGGCUAUGGCAUAGGAGAUUGAGACAUCCUUCCUUUGGCUAUCUUAGGAGAUUAUUUUUAUCCUUGUUUCAUUGAUGUAAUCUUUUAGACUUUGUUUGCGAAACUUGUCUGAAGGC